AGGCACCUUUACAUGCCUUUGGCUUGACCAUGUUGUAGCCGCGCCCUUCGCAGUUCAGCUUCUCAGCUGCGAGUAAGGAUGAUUAACUCCACAAAAUAAAAUUCAUAAAAAAGGACCCAUUUUUUUUUUUUUUGUGGCUUGAAACUGGAAUGAUCCUUCAUAUCUGCUGACAUAUUUGAUCCAUUAAACCUGCUAUCAUAUUACAUUCUGAGGAUUUCAAGGGCAGAAGUCAUGAUGCAAACUUUUUAAUUUCCAAAAUAUACCAUCGGUCAUUUUGAUUCCGUGCAAAAGAGGGGUCUACAGAGUUCACCUUUAAUGUUAGCAUGGCGAUUACAAGUAUAGACUGCAAACAUUGCAAAAUGCUCCAGGCAAAUAAUACACAUUUUGUACAUGUACUUGCGAGAUGAAAAGUGCACAUAGUAAUGUUUGCUAUGACUUAUGCCUCUGAAAUUUUUAUUUAAAACUUUGCACCGUACUGUUGCUUGUUAAAUUUUGAAAACAGUCAAAAAAGGUUGCUGAAAUCUGGUUGAUUAUGUUCAGGGUAACCUCCAUUCUUAUACUUCAACCAUCUUGUAGUUAUUGGUUUCUCACUGCACAUCUCUGCACUGCUAGAUAACUUUGACUGUUUAUCGUCCAAACUUUUUACCCUUGCCUUUUUUUUGCAGGGAAGCUAAGCUAAACUAAUUCUUUAGGUGGCUAGUUGGUUCAAUUUCACGUAGACUGUAAUGCAAUAGACCAAAGAUUUCAGCCCCACCCCAUGAUGGUGUUACCAAUCACAACCUUGAGUAAAGUCCAACAUGCACGCAUGCUCACAUGAUGCGCGCAUGCUCACAUGAUGCGCGCAUGCUCACAUGAUGCGCGCAUGCUCACAUGAUGCGCGCGGCUUGAAUACACAGUGUGGCAUUGAAGAGACAUAGUAUCGUUGCCCAAAGUGUGCAGUGGGCAGUGUGCAGUAGGUGGGGCUUACUGAAUCAGUCUAUUAAUGCUCCCUUAAGUUUUUUUUUGUAUAUUGUAAAGCUCUUAGCAAUGUAUAGUACAGGUAGUUCAGUUAAGAAUCAAUGUAUGUACUUGAUUAGAUCACAUUUUCUUGUCUUAGUUAACCUGUCUAAUCAUUGCAACUUGUGGUUCAUGGGAUUAUCUGUCACUUUCUCAUAUUUUCGCCUGAAUAGGUAACUCUUCCCACUCACAAGCACUCCACAGGCAAAUUCUUACUCUUGUGUCAUCUUACUCUCUGUACUGCAUGCCUAAUCUCCGUGUAAAAGUUUAGGUGAAAACUUUUUCACUUUUCUGUUUCAUCCCGUAACAGUUUUCUAACUUCCAUGACACAUUAAUGUACCAUUGAUCAUCGUGCAUGCUUUUUAAAAACAUUGUAGAACGUAAUGUGCGAUAAAGUUGAAUGUGUUGUGCUUAACCCAAAGUCAUCUCUUUGUUGGAUUCCCGUACGUUUAGGUUUUUUUCUUGUUGUGUACAUUUUUUGUCUACACCCAGUUACUGCCGUCCACCAUUCAAGUGCAAGGCCUGAUGCCGAUGGGGAGGGCCCCCUCUUCGCACCCCGCCCUUAAGCCCAAAUUAUCCAGCACAGCCACCCAGACACCCCCACCUAGGCCCCGUGUGCCUCCUGUCAGAUCUCUGUCGCCUCAUGCUCGGCCCCUGUCACCGCCACCCAAGCAUUUAUAUCCAAAAGCUACAUAUAGACCCCAUUCCCCUCCCACCAGGCCUUUGUCACCUGCAACCAGACCCUUGUCCCCGUCAACUAGACCCCUGUCACCCCCCAGCAGGCCUCUUUCUCCCACUGCUAGACCACUCUCGCCACCCACUCGCUCAUUGUCACCCCCAACACGGCCUCUGUCACCCCCUCCUAGGCUCGUAUCCCCAGUAGACAAACCCCCAUCUCUUCCUCUAAGAUCCCUAUCUCCACAAUCCAGACCUCUGUCACCUCUUCACUCUGUCUCUCCACUCCACCGACCUGGGUCAAUACUGCGACCAAUAUCCCCACCUCCUCCUCAAACCAGUCAUGGGAAGUUGGAAAUAAUCCUACCCAGGGCAGUAAAAAAAUGUCUCAAAAUCAUCGACCACAGAGGUGCAAAGAAAGCAAAACAUGCUCAGGGAAAACAAAAAGGAGUCUCUAAUGAGAGCAGUGAUAUAGAAAAGGCCUCCAAAGCACCUAGUGAUUGUUGUGAACAGGUACUCAAACAGCACAGAAUCAACAGGAACAACAACAGCCCAACAAGCCCAGACAAGAUGCGUAGCAGACAUCCAUCCGAUCCCAGCAGCAUUAAGAAGAAGCAGCACUCAAGAUUGAAGUUCAGUCCCAGUGACGCCCUAUUCACAGUCAGCUCAAAGGCAAUGUCAUUGACACCGAGACUGUUUCACAGAGAAGGGGACAAACCCAAGUGCCUUCCCCUGACCCCAGAAGAAGCACGACCUCCACCACAACGACCCUCAGCACCCCCACCAAGGGCUCCUCCACCUCCCCUUAUUCCUGAUUCGUGUGAUUCAGCAUCUGACUCUGCCUCGGCACAUGACAGCAGUAGUCAGCUUAGCCAAGACGAUUAUGACUUACGCACCUCAGUACUACCUGAUCUACCAAUUCACACCUGGUCACCCAGAAGGGCCCCUCCUAAUCCUCUUCAGAGGUUUGAAGCUGUCAAUGGCCAGUGCUUUGACCCUCCGCACAAACCUGACAAGCCUCCCUUGAGCCCCCUUCUGGUAUUUUCUACCAAUCUGUCUGUCAAAACGUCAAGGAUCAGCCCAUGUUCUUCCCCCUCACCUCCUCGGUCUCCCGUUCGGUUUCCCUAUAAUGCCUCUCCAAGACUUCCAGGACGAAGGCAUAUCCAUCCUCCUCCUGAAGACUCUCCUCCCGAGUUGCCAAGAAGACAUAAUCAUCACCCUUUACCCAAUCCUCCCUUGUAUGAUUACCAGGAGAGACCAGUUCACCCAAGCUCAUCCGUUUCUGAACUAUCCAAUGGAACGAAUGGACUCCAAAUGCCAUCAUUGCCACUGUGUAGAAGGAUGCUGCCACCAAUACCAGCCGGUGAGCCAUACCACUGUAGAGAAACUUCAGCAGACUUUGCCUUUUCCCUGUAUGAGCAAAGAACCAAUCAAAACCCGUUACCAGGUAUGAAUGGCAUAAGGGACCAAUCGCCAAAGCGACAAAUCGAUUCAGCAUUCAGAAACAAAUCAAGACAUAUCAGGUUCACACCGGGUCAAGGAGACAUGAAUCAUGCUGACUGCCUGAGAGCCUCUCCCAAACCUGGCUUUGCUUCCGCGCACAAAUCUUCCUCACCAUUUCUGGCUACAAAGCCCCUGCCACCAAUCCCACUCUCUGAUGUCUCCCAUCGUCCAAAUCGAAAAAAUAUCCAUCAUUCUACCAAACCUCUCCCGCCGAUCCCUUCUUCCACUCAGAGUCAUAACACUGGGCAUCCUGUCCGUGACUCAUCAUCCCCAACGCCUCGCCUUAAUAGGGUAAAGCCAUUACCUGCCAUCCCACAGAGUGACUCGAGCAUUGCAAAGGCAUCAUCAUCAAAAUCCAGAAUGGCCUCAGACUGUGCCCCAUUGAAGUAUCAAGAAACCUCGCACCAGCGGCACAAACCAUUACCUGACAUACCUCACUGUGUAUCGCUCAGGUCCAAGAACUUAAACGAGGACUCUGAUGUAAAACCUGUGGCAUCUGUACCGAGGCUUCCUCCUAAAACCCAAUUGUUUGCAUCAAAGUCACAACAGGUGACUUCCGGAUUUCACAAGAAGGACAACAUCCGGCAUCCAUUGGAUGAAUUGGACAGCUGUCCUGUUGAAUCCAAAUACACCCUGGAUAAUCAUGACCCUCAACGAGGGCCCAGGCUCAGAAAACAUUCCAGAAACAGCUCCAGGUUUGUCCGACCACCUUCUGGGGAUUCGGAACUUUUGCGGAAGAUGGAGAAACGGAAAGCAGCUAUCGAAUUGUCCAUCUCAAAGGCAUCCAUGGAGAAGAAGAACCGCCUUAAAUUAAAAGCACUAAGUGAAAACAGCCAGACUGGUUCUCAGAUGGAAAGUAAAAUUGAUCUAAGCAGAAAACAAAGGCAGAAAGAUGAUCCAGAACUGCCCCCUAAAAGGCACAUUCAAAAUACUGCAUUUUUUCAGUACCCAGACACAAAUUGUGACUCCCAGAAGCCUUUCAAACCAGUGGUUGAUGAAAAUGAUCAUUUCUUGCCUAUACAGCAUUCUCCUGAUUCAGACGCCAUGAAGGACACAGAUUCAGAACCAGAUACCUCCUUAUGUUUGGACUCUUCAAUCCCUCGGGCUCCACCUCCUCCCCCUCCACCAGAGCCUCCACCUCUUCCACCUAGAGAGACCACCCGACCUCCGACACUUCCUCCAAGGAAAUCCCAAGACGUUUUUGCCAAAAAUAGAAUGCAAAGUACAGACACAGAUUCUAUUCAGACCAGUCGCACUACAAGUGGUAGCAGGAUUCGGACAAAAACCCCUCCAUCACCGCUACCGAGACCGGACAUUAUUUCCCAGAGAAAGAGAAGUGACCAGAGAAUCACGUCACCAUUGCUCAGAAACUUUUCCUCUGGCAUUCACUGUCAAAGAUUUGGCUCUACCGAUUCAAGUCCAUGUCAAAGUCCUUCCCGAGUGGAGCCUUCAUCAGGUCAAUCUGAACUGAUGGCAGUGUUGGAGAAGAAGAGGGCAGAGAUUGAAUCUGAUGGCUCUCGGCAUUCCUCCAUCUCCUCCAUUCACUCCAACAGCAGCAGAUCAAGAUUUUCUCCACCAGUAAGAUCCCCAAACAGUUACAAAUUUGGUAUUAUCCAGUCAGUGCCAGCAGGUGAGUCGGAGCUUAUGUCCAAGCUAGCAAGGAAAAGAGAAGCUAUCGAGAGAGCACCUUCCUCUGAUCCCUGCCCUUCUUUAGCUCGAGAGAAUCAAACCUCUGGGCCAAGGCAAACUCCAAGUCAUGGGCAGGAGGCUUCUAAAGAACAAUCCGAGUUGAUGCAAAAGCUAGCGAGGAAAAGGACACAAGCUGAAUCUAAACCUGUACUGACAGCUGACUCUAACUGUGCGUCACAGGGAAGGCACAUCAAAAAAGAAAGGUCAAGGAACCCCGGCUAUUCACAGGAACCUUCCAGUGAACAAUCCGAGUUGAUGCAAAAGCUGGCCAGGAAAAAGGUGGAAGCGGAAUCAAGUGGAUCAGUAAACAGACAUUUAGAAGCAGGAAUGCCAAGGGAAAACUGUUUGCCUUUGGUGAAAAAUCCUGAGCGUAGAAGAAACCCAAGCAGUUCUCAUCAACCCUCCAGUGAGCAAUCUGAACUGAUGGCAAAACUGGAACGGAAAAGAAAACAAGCAGAAUCUAUUCCCUCACCAUCGAGAUCUAACGGGAAGGAAAGUGAUACUUUCAAGGAUCACCAGAAAGAGAGGGAGCCAUUUCCACCAAUCAAAAUUCCAGAGCAGACGAGAAAUCCACGCUACACCCAGCAAAAUGUGAACGAUCAGUCAGAGUUGAUGAAGAAACUGGAAAGAAAACGUGCCGAAGCAGACACGGGGAUUGUGUCAUCAAGGCAAGAACACAACAGCUCUCCAACAACAAAGCUGCCGCCUUUUGUACCUCCUAAGGGUUCAAGAAAUAGAAAGAACCAUCCCCUUUGUCUUUCCCCCACAGAAAUGCCGUCAGAUAUUUUCCCGAGGCAAGGGGAUGUCGCGUCUACAAAAAACAGUGUUCAAAAUGAUUCCCUUAAUGGACCAAGACAUCUCACCAAAGGUAGCCUACAGGAUACAUUAUCAGGAACCGAUGACUUGUUCAAGUUUGAGGAUGGGAAAUCAGAAAUUGACCAGGACUUCCAGCAGAACAAACCCAUUCAAAAAAGUUCAAGUAUACCUUUCCCAGAAAUGUCUUCAUUGUCUACCCUGCCCUGGAGGCCCUCCAAAAAAGUACAACGUGUGAACUUCUCGCCACAAAACUCCUUCGACAAACAACGGAAGAGAGACUCAGGUAGUGGAGGUAAGGAGAGUGAAAUCCCCAAGGUGCCCUUGAGACCUAAAAAUGUUCGCAGGGAGAUGUCGAGGGGAUCCCAGGAAUUCCAGAAACUCAAACGCUGUUCUUCAGGAAAACAAACUAAUUGCAAGCGGAUGAGUGAGUCUCUAGAUCAGGUACAGACUAAUGAUGACUCUCGCCUUGGGAACGCAGAAAAUGAAGCUCCUAAAGUGCCAAGGGGAUUCAAAAAAGUAAAGAAAGUGCCAUCCAAGGGAGCUCAGGAUGUCCAGAAGUACAGGCACUCCCCUUCAGUGCCAGGCUCCAAAAUUGUUAAUCCAGGAACCCUGAGAAAUAGCAAGCUGAUGAACCGAUCGCAGGAUUCUUGUCCUGGUGAAAGCACUGAAUAUGAUGUCCCGAAGGUACCCAGGAAAACAAGGAACUCGCGGAAGGCACCCUCCAGGGGAUCUUACGAUUUCCAGAAACUCAAAGCCUCCCCCUCUGCUCCAGCAUCCAAAGUGGCCAGUCCCAGGACCCUCACCAGCAGCAAGCUGAUGAACCGAUCCGCCGACAAAAUAGUUUACAAGGCUGACCAGAGUAAGCCUGGUCCGGCAGUCCUUAGGUCAAAGGUGAGGCGGAAACCAAGCGAGAAGCGUGAGAAGCCCCCUGGUGGUGUCCACCUUAGGAGGAGACCCUCAGGAAAAAAGUUGGCCUCAAAGAGGGUUUCUCUCAAAGUCAACCGGAAUUCCAAAACCCUGUCACCCUCUCUGCCCCAGGACAGCCACUCCAGGGCCCCCUGUGCACCUAAGACUCUCCCCAAACCGAGCACCGCCAAGAGAAUCCAGGCAGCGUGGUUGCUGGGCUCAGCGGUUAGUGGUGGCAACAACACUUCCUCCUCACCGCCGAGGGUGCACAAAAGUCCUAAUGAAAGCACGGUCCGCAAACUUCAGGUGUGGUUGAUGCACGUUCAGCAAAAUGUUGGCAUGGGAAUGGUGAAUGCUGCUCUUGGAUCCCUGGAUUAUAAACCCAAAGAAUUCACUUUAUCAGUGUUGACAAGCUAUGUCUCAAAAUGGGGCUGGGUGUUAAAUUACCUAACUUUUGAAGAAUUUUCUGAACACGUCCUCGUGGAGGUGAAAUUUGAGUUUUAAAAUGUGCGUUGAUCUGCAUGACCUGUGUGUUGCAUUGCAAAGGGUUGAGGACAGUAGGAGAGUAACUUUUACUUUGUGCAAGUGCUUGCAAUUUUGUUUUGUGCAUGUGAAAAAAAAUAUUAUAACACAGUUGUAUUUAAAGAAAAAUUUUGAUCAGUUUCCAAAUGUCAUUUUACAAAUCAAGUUUUUGAAUUUGUAAUUUGGAGUUAAAAUAAUAAAAUGCAAGAUAUUACACAGGAAAAAGUGUGGGGUAGGUUGCAGGUUGGACAGGAUUGCUGUUUCAGUAUAAAGGGUGAACAUGAUGGCGGAUGAAAGAUUCUUAAAUGCCCUUCUUUAGUUUCACAUGUUUUGUAGUACCACACUUCGUUCAGCAAGUUGUGACAAGCAUAACGCAGAAUUUGCUUUUUGCUGCUAUGGCAUAGUGCAGUGCUAGAUAGCACAAACAGACAAAAGAUAUGGGCAGUUGAUGACUUGACCAGCGAGUGUACAUCUUCAAAGUUAGUUUGUACUUGUAUUUUUGUAUAUUCCGUAAUAACAUUGCAUCAAUUAUACUGGUAGGAACUGUAUGUUGGCUUAACGGCCAACAGGUAUUAAGUAAAUUGGGGAUGUCAACGGAUUUUUCUUAAAAUUAGAAAACUACAAAGGAAAGUUUUGGUUAAAAUCUUUGAUCAAAGUGCAACAUAAAAGCUAGCUUUUGAUUUUAAAGGUGAAAGUUUUAUCAAAACUGUCCUCUAUAUAUGCUCAGGGUAUUAAUACGAUUAUAUAUACGUGCAUUCAUGGCACUAGAAUAAUGAAUAAUGUAUGCUUCUUGUUACAUGUUUGCUUUCAUUCUUGCAUGUUCUUGAAUAACUUGGAUUUUUCUUCUUCAUUCUCACCUGAAUCCUGCUUCCUGCACGCACCCUCAGCAUUUUGCCCAUAAUAACAGCAUAACACUUUUUACACCUUGCACAUAUUUUUGCAUAUCUCAAAUGUAUUCUAACUAACGAUGUCAUCUUUUCUCAAA